CCACCAUUUGAGAGAUAUAGAGAGACAGAGGGAGAUUCAGUGUGUCAGAGGCUGUUUGUUUCCUUCAUGGCGAUGGCGAGAGAGAUAGGGGAGGAAGGAGAGGUGCAGAACAACGCGGGGAAGAGGCUGAAAUGCAUGAAGAAUGAGGAGAAGGGUCAAACAGGGGAGGAAGCUGUGGAGGAUGAAAGUGAGCUUCCCCUCCAGCCCGGCAUCUUCUACUAUCCAACCACUCCUACGUCUUUCGUUGUCUCCGAUGCUCUUGAACCCGAUUUUCCCAUCAUCUAUGUCAACAAGGUCUUUGAAUUCGUCACCGGCUAUCGUGCCGAUGAGGUUUUGGGUCGAAACUGUCGGUUCUUACAGUAUAGGGACCCUCAUGCUCAAAGGAGGCACCCUUUGGUGGAUCCUGUUGUUGUUUCUGAGAUUAGAAGAUGCAUUGAGGAAGGUAUUGAGUUCCAAGGUGAACUUCUGAAUUUCCGGAAGGAUGGCAUUCCUUUAGUGAACAGGCUGAGACUUGCUCCAAUUCACGAUGAUGAUGGAACUAUGACACAUGUAAUAGGCAUCCAGCUAUUUUCUGAAGCAAAUAUAGAUCUAAAUCAUGUCUCAUAUCCGGUGUUCAAAGAGACCUGCAGUCAGGAAAUUGACAAGACUGGUAAAAAUUUUCUGAAGAGUGGACAACCAUUAUACAGCCAGCACCAAGAGAUGUGUGGCAUUCUUCAGCUUUCUGAUGAGGUCUUGGCUCAUAACAUCUUAUCACGCUUGACACCAAGGGAUGUUGCAUCAAUUGGGUCUGUGUGCAGAAGGAUCCGUCAAUUAACACAGAAUGAACAUGUUAGAAAGAUGGUGUGUCAAAAUGCAUGGGGAAAAGAAGUGACCGGUGCAUUGGAACUCAUGACCCAGCAGUUAGGAUGGGGUCGUCUUAGCCGAGAGCUAACCACUCUUGAGGCUGUUUGUUGGAGAAAACUGACAGUUGGAGGUGCAGUAGAGCCUUCGCGCUGCAAUUUCAGUGCUUGCGCUGCGGGAAAUCGCCUCGUACUGUUUGGAGGUGAAGGAGUUGAUAUGCAGCCCAUGGAUGACACUUUUGUCCUCAAUCUUGAUGCUAAAAAUCCUGAGUGGCGUAGGAUUAGUGUGAAAUCAUCCCCACCAGGAAGGUGGGGCCACACACUCUCCUGCUUAAAUGGUUCUUGGUUGGUGGUAUUUGGAGGAUGUGGUAGGGAAGGAUUGCUUAAUGACGUGUUUGUUCUUGAUUUGGAUGCUCAACAGCCAACAUGGAAAGAAGUCUGUGGUGGAACUCCGCCCCUCCCUAGAUCUUGGCACAGCUCUUGCACUGUUGAAGGGUCUAAAUUGGUAGUCUCAGGUGGGUGCACAGAUGCUGGGGUACUACUUAGUGACACAUACCUACUGGACCUUACUACGGAUAAUCCAACAUGGAGAGAAAUUCCAACUUCUUGGGCUCCUCCUUCUCGGUUGGGGCACUCACUCUCUGUAUAUGGCAGAACAAAAAUUCUCAUGUUUGGGGGACUUGCCAAGAGUGGACACUUGCGAUUACGAUCAGGGGAGGCUUAUACGAUUGAUUUGGAAGAUGAAGAGCCUCAGUGGAGGCAGCUAGAAUGUAGCGCAUUCUCUGGAAUAGGCAGUCAAAGUGCUGUGGUUCCUCCACCUCGGCUAGAUCAUGUUGCAGUGAGCAUGCCUUGUGGGAGGAUUAUUGUUUUUGGAGGCUCCAUUGCAGGGCUUCACUCUCCAUCCCAGCUCUUUCUUUUGGACCCUUCUGAGGAGAAACCGUCAUGGAGAAUCCUCAAUGUGCCGGGACAACCGCCAAAAUUUGCUUGGGGUCACAGCACUUGUGUGGUCGGGGGGACUAGGGUUUUGGUUUUGGGUGGACGUACAGGGGAAGAGUGGAUACUUAAUGAGUUGCAUGAGUUAUGCUUAGCAAGCAGGCAGGACUCCGACCUAAGGUGAAUUGGCCAAACCAAGUGCACAAACUCAAUUCCUUUCAUGAUGAGACUUUGCUGCUUUGUUGAUGUCUUCCUUCUGCUCUAGUAGCUUGGUUUUGUGUAUAUGCUUCUGUAAAAUUGUCUUGUACCCCUUGUAUGUGCUUCUAGUGCCAGUGUUGAUGAUACUCCUUUGAUGGAAUAUGUACGUACCGUGGGUUUUUUUUU